UAACGCAUGCGCACUAUCCUUUUGACCCCCGCAUGGUGACUCUGUGAGGAGAUUGUAUAUUAGCAAUAGGGUUUAAGGUCGUCAACGGAAUUCUUUAGGAAAAUGGACAGCGGUGGAGAUCCUUCGUCGAAAAGAGCAUUCUUUAAUCCAUAUUCCAGUUCUGAUCCAACAAUGGCAGCUGGAGUUUCGGCCGGGGGCAUGGGUAGUGUAAUGUCACCGUACCUAAAUUUCGAUCCAGCGUACAUUGGAGCAGACAGUGGAUCAGACUUCAUUUUCCCAGAAGGUGCAAGUCGACAACGUGGUAGACUUGAACUAGCUUUCUCUCAGAUUGGAGGUUCUGUAUUUGCAGGAGCAGCUGUAGGAGGUUUAAAUGGUUUAUAUUCAGGCUUCCGAGAAACAAGCACAGCCCAGUUGACAGGGGCUGUACGACGAACACAGAUGUUAAACUUUAUCACAAAACAAGGUGCUUCUUCAGCUCAAUCUUUAGGUGUUAUUGCUUUGAUGUACAGUGUCAUUGGUGUCUUACUGCAGCUCGGCCGUGGCGUUGAUGAUGAAAUAAAUACACUAACGGCAGCCACAAGCACUGGUCUGCUUUACAAAUCGUCUGCUGGUUUGAAAAAGUGUGUACGUGCAGGUGGAAUUGGUUUCAGCUUGGCUGCUGCUUAUUGCUUAUUUUCCAACCGAGACAGGAUCAAAUCUAUGCUAAAUUCUGAUUAAAAGAUUUUUUUUUUCCUUUUUUUAAUUUGUUUUCAUGUUUUCUUUUUUAAUUAAUUUAUUUUUUAACAUGAAUGUAGUUGCUCAGAAUUCCACUUUUGUUUACCAUUCUUUAAAACUCAUCAUCGGACCAUUAUAAAUAUAAACUUUGGCAUCGAUCACGUUAAAAUUCUAUUGUUCAGUGUCAAAUGCCAUUUCUGGCCAAUUCCAUGUUUUCUCACACUAUUUAAAACAAUGUCAGUAAGAACUAUUUAUCCAUUCUCCAGAGAUUCCAGAGAAACUAAAUAAAAAAAAAAAGAUCUAAACAAUAACUGCCAUUUUACCAAUUUA